CUCUCUCUCUCUCUCUCUCUCUCUCUCUCUCUCUCACCUCUCUCCUUUCCCUCAACGGCUCAGAAACAGCUCUCAAGAUGUCCUGGUCGCAUGCAACCUUCCUUGUCGCUGUGCUCCUGUCACUGUCCUUAUCUCAGGAGGUAGACAGUGCAGCUGUCCCCGAUGAUAAGGGCACUACCAAGGCAACCGACCCGAGAGGUCCACUGAGGGAGAUCUUCAUGACCGAGGCCGACGCAGCAAACUUCUUCAGACGCCGCAGCAGAAGAGCUGCCAAGUCUCAGGACGAAAUUGACGCUGAACAGAGGCAGGUGCUGGCUGCAGAUAAGCGGAAGAGAGAGAACCAUGAGGAACAGAGGAAUGAGUUUGAGAACUACGCUGAGGAGGAGCAUGACGAGCAAGACGAGAGGACACGGGAGAGCACCGAGCAGUGGCGAGAGUUCCACUAUGACGGCCUGCAUCCCCCCCAGGAGUACAACCGCCAGUCUACCUGAGACAUCACCGCCCUACUGGAGAACAGUGGUAUUACAGCAGGCAGGACACAGAGGGCUACGCCCCCUACUAUAAUAGUAAAUGUAACUUUUUAUAAUGUCAUGUAUGCUUCCAUAAAUACUUUGGAAAGACUUUAGGUAG